AUGAAGUACUCAACUCUAGUUUACACUCAUCUGAAAUGGGUGUUAAAUUUCCUUGUAUAUUAUCCCUUCUACAGGCUCCAUCAUUCUCAAGUGAAAAAGAUUGGAGAAGAGCAGAGUAUGUGCCAUUGUGAAUCCACCCCUGGCUCAGAGGAAGGUGUAGAUUGUGCUGAGUGUGAAUGCAAAAUUGGAGGAGGAGAGGAGAUUAGAGAGGUGGGGUGUGACAAAGUCUUUCACAGAGAUUGCCCUGUUUGCACAGAAUCGGUGGGACCAAGAAGGGCUAUCAGUAAGCUUGGAGCUGAAGUUCUGUUGUUUAAGUUUGGUUCUAUCCGCACUGAUGACCGUGAUAAGUGGUGGCUACGCUGA